AUGGUUGAAGCCAGUAAAUUUUGGUUCGACAAGGCAUGUAGUGCUUGUGAAUGCAGUACAUUAAUUCACCCUUGGACGUAUAAGUGCACUGAUGCUACAACAACUAUGCUGGCUAGUUGCAUAAGGGGAAGUUAUAAGUUUUAUGCUAUGGUUUAUGUUAUACAAAUACUGAUGAGAGGUAAAAAGUUAACUAAGGAACAAAUGAUUGAGCAGUUCAAGUUAUAUUUAAAAUCUGGAAUAUUUGGUCUAACUGUCGGUAGUUCGUUCGUUACAUUGAAUUGUAUUUUUAGAAAGUUGUUCUUCAGUCAGUUUUCAUACUACACCACAGUGCUGCUACCGUGUACAGUCAGUGGCGUGGCAGUGUACUUUGAACCGCCCUACAGAAGAGUUUUGGUUGUUAAUCUUUUUGUGAACUUGGUAUUUGAAUACUGGCUGCGUACGCUAGAAGCGAAAGGAUGGUGGAGGAGGUCGGCGGGACGUGAAACGCUGAUAUUCAUGCUCGGUAGCUCUAUCUUCUUCUAUCUCAUGCGAUUGGAGAGGGAGAACCCGAAGCGAACACCUUUGUUUUGGUUCUUCACUCCUCCAAGGGUUUCUAAAGAAGUAGGAGAACCGGUUGCAGGUAUUGAUGGCAGGAGUCCUGCGUGUCCUCACAGAGGUCCCUGUAUGAAUUACAUAUUUAAGGGUGCGGCACAGUUGUUCGGGGUCGGUUGCCUGAUGAAUAUCCUCAGGACGAUCAUACCGCGGCUCCUGACUCCUACAAAGGCAUUGAAGUCUUUGAAAUUUUCGCAUUUGAAGCUCGGUCUGUUCUUCGGUGGAUACAUCGGUAUAUAUCGGCUAAUAGUAUGUUUGCUGUGUCGUGCGAAUGGCAGAGACAGCGCGCUAUACGCGCUCCCUGCGGGUUUCCUCGCCGGCGCGGCCUUCAGAGCGUCUCCGUCCACACCGAUUUCCUUAGCACCGAUAACAUCCACGCUACAGAUCCUCUUCUCAUGGGCGUAUCAAAAGGGCCACAUCCCUGAGAACUGGCCUCUCAUCGAGAUCCUGUACUGCCUGUGUCAGGGUCUCCUUUUCCACGCGAGGGUAAUGCACGAAGAUGUUUGUCCGAAGUACAUCAUUAACUUGAUGCAUACGGUCACUAGCAACAAAGCCGACGAAAUCCAAGCUGCCUUUAUACAGAAGAUAAGAGCUUGCGGUGGUUUCAACUGAACGCGUAAUUAAAUAUCAUUGUAUUAAACUUGUACAGAGAUGAUGCAUUGAUGAUUUUAAAAUCAUUACGCGAACAUUAUCAAUAUAACUUAUUCGAAAUAUUAAAUUAAUAAGUGUACUGUUACUCAAAUGGUGUUAUGGUAAUUAAGUUAUGGCACACGUUAAUAUCAAAGUGUAAUUUCAGUUAUAUUCAACAGUGUAAAUACUAUUAUUUAACCCUUCCUUCAUCGGAUAUUUUGGUAAAGUUGUAAGCUAGUAAAGAUUGAUAAAUUUAGUGAACAGAUAAAAAUUAACCUUAGCAGAUAUUCGAACUAUCGGCUAUUGAGGCACUAUUGCAACCAUCGAAAGAAAUAAAAUAAUGCAUAUUAAUAUAGUGAAAAAGAUAAUACAAAUAUAUUAGCUUAAGCGAGCACGUAUUACACUAUCACAUAAAACUAUUGCAUUUGUGUGCUGUCUGUAAAUGAGCGGUAUGACGUCACUGUACAUGACUAUUAACAUCGUCCAUCUCAUAUUUUGCAGCAGAUCUCGUAAAAAUAAGAUAAAAGUUUUGUUUUAAUCAUGAAAAAGUGUGGCGUGUUUUUUCCUUCUAAUAGGUGAUUUAUUUGAAUUUAUCCUUUAUUGAAAAAAAUUAUAUAGUAAUAUUUCAUUGAAGUACUGUGAACGUGCCAGCUCUAAUAUUGUAUAAGUGAACUCUAUCUAAGCUUCUUUUUGAGGUAACACAGUUGAUUUAGACUUAAAAUGUUUCGAAAAUUAAAAGAAAGUUUUAUUAAUGAUUUUAAA